CCAGCGAGCUGUUAUACACUGUAUGCACUUUAAGCAUGUGUGAGAGACCACCCAGCGCGAUGUUUGUCAUCCCGUGAGACAGCGGGCAGUACUAAUUAAUAAUCCGAUCUAACCAGUCGUUCAUCCAGUGACUCUCUCAUCCAGUGACUCUUUCAUCCAGUGACUCUCUCAUCCAGUGACUCUCUCAUCCAGUGACUCUCUCAUCCAGUGACUUUCUCAUCCAGUGACUUUAUCUUAUCCAGUGUAUCUCUCAUGCAGUGACAUUUACCAGUGACGUUUUAUGUACUCAUUUGUGUUUUACUGCAGAAAAUUCUAAUAUACCUAAUAUUUGGAAAUUGGACCUUUUAUUCCAAAUCACCUAACUAUAUAACAAAUCUGGUGGCAGCGUAGCGGGAUACAAGGUAUCCCUGGUUCGUCUCCAAGCAUACUUCUCUGAUCGUGAAAGUGCUCGUCGUGGCCGUUCCUGCAAAGAAAACCAUGUUCCUGUACAUUUUCUUCGCGUUCCUUUCACUAUCCCUGGCACAAGAACCCUUCAUCCAACCCACUGUGAAUAGCCCCGGUAUAUACUUCGACCCUGUUGGUUCUCUAAAAAUAAUAGAUGGUUAUCUUAGCGUUAUUAUACCUUCUGAUAUUUCUUUUAUACGACCACAUAUUAACAAUCUGUACGGUGUGAUAGACUCCUCCAAGCGCUUAUGUAAACAAAGUAAGUUGUUUACUGAUAUCGAAUGUCUGAACUUGCUCCAACCUUUAUCUACUCGGUACCAAGACAUAUUACGCGAUUUUGAAUCAAUUUCUUAUUUGAUUGAUAAUCGAUCUAAAAGAUCAGCCUGGUUUGGUGGUAUCGGUACAGUGUUCAAACACCUUUUUGGUGUAAUGGAUGAAGAAGACGCCAUAAGAUACAGCAAUGCUAUUCAAACUGUCGAAAAGGAUCAAACCCAAUUGUCUAGAUUGAUAAAAGAAAAUAUUCUAAUUACCACUUCAACUCUGUCUUCCAUUAAAGAAAUUACAAAAAAUAUUACUAUAAAUGAACAACGUUUAAAUAGUGCUGUUGAAUUAUUGUCGCGUCAUUUGUUGAAUGUAACUUCGUUAUCAGGUAACUUGUUGUUACGAGCUAAAUUAAAUGAAAUUGUAAACAUGUUAGAGGGAAGUUUAUUAGCACUGUCCUUUAAGUUAGAAGAUAUUAUUAAUGGCAUUAUGUUUAGUAAAUCAAAUAUUUUAUUUCCUUCUAUUAUCACCCCUAAGCAAUUAUUUUCCGAAUUGGCUGAAAAUUAUAGAUUUCUGGCUGACUAUAAUCAAUUUCCUGUUAGUCUAUCUUUAGAAAAUAUUUACCUAUUAAUUAAUGUAUCUGAAAUUGCUUGUUACUUUAAAGAUGAUAAAAUUGUUUUUGUUUUGAGGGUUCCCCUUGUAACAGCCAAAGAUUUUAACUUAUAUAAUUGUAUCCCAUUUCCUGUAACACUCACAAAUAACACGUUUUCUACAAUAGUGCCCUCUACUAAAUAUUUAGGAAUAACUAAGGAUUUAUCGUCUUAUUGUAAGCUAGAUAGUUUAACUAAUUGUAAAGUUUUAUAUAGCUCGUAUUAUAUAUGUGAAACAUUAGAUACUUAUUCUAGUUCCGUAACUCCGAUCUGCGAAUCGGAAAUAAUUUCAAAGGCCCUAAUUUGUGUGCCGAAUCAAUGUGAAACCAAAUUCUUACAAGGUAAUUAUGAAAUUUGGCAAAGAUUGAAUAAUAAUAAGUGGAUAUAUGUAAUAAACAAACCUUCCAAAUUGUUAAUUGACUGUCACAAUCUAAGUAACACAGAAACAACUAUUUCAGGCACAGGUAUACUGAGUAUCCCGAGACAUUGUAUAGCAUAUUAUAAAGAGUUAAGGUUAAUUCCAAAGGUUACUAAAAUUAUUAGAAUGCAACAAAUAAACUCAAAUUUUAAUUUGAUAAACGAUUCAUGCUGUAAUAAUGUAACAUUCAAUAAACUUAAACAAAAUAUUCCAAAAUUGAAUUUAAAAAAUGUUAAUCUUGAUUCUGUUAUGGCAGAACAUACUAAAGCAACAAGCCUUAUUAUAAAAGGUUUAGACAGAAUAACUGAAAAACCACAUAUAGUUUUAUACAGUGAAUAUUAUUGUUAUACUACUAUUUUAAUUAGUAUCGUAGUUUUAAUCUUAACCCUAUACUUAUUAUAUAAGUGUAUCAGAUCAGGCAAAUGUCACCGUAUGACAGAUAAGAAAAACAAGAAGAAUAUUGAUAAAAAUGAGGAACCUUUAGAAAUUGCCGACUCUACUGAAAUUCCUGCACCUAAAAUCCGGACAUCAUAAACGUAAACUUCACUCUUCAGGUGAAGUUUAGUCUUACCCUCGGGGGCUGUUAUACACUGUAUGCACUAUAAGCAUGUGUGAGAGACCACCCAGCGCGAUGUUUGUCAUCCCGUGAGACAGCGGGCAGUACUAAUUAAUAAUCCGAUCUAACCAGUCGUUCAUCCAGUGACUCUCUCAUCCAGUGACUCUUUCAUCCAGUGACUCUCUCAUCCAGUGACUCUCUCAUCCAGUGACUCUCUCAUCCAGUGACUUUCUCAUCCAGUGACUUUAUCUUAUCCAGUGUAUCUCUCAUGCAGUGACAUUUACCAGUGACGUUUUAUGUACUCAUUUGUGUUUUACUGCAGAAAAUUCUAAUAUACCUAAUAUUUGGAAA